AUGGUGGGUGACGGGCGAGGAGAAGAGGACAUUGCGCGGCAGCAGCGUCGGGCCCUCAUAGAGGGCGCCGGCCCAUCUCUGGCGCGCUUUCUCAAGCUGCUGAGGGAGCAGGAGGCGGAGGUGGACCAGGCCAUCGAGAAGAUCCAGGCCGCCAAGGCGGAGGCCUCUGCCGCAAGGCGGCCCCUCAGCCCUGGUGGGCUGGACCCCGCCCGUCGCCUGCGAUUGACCCUGGAUCUGGCCGAGGCCGCGCGAGCAGAGGAGUGGCUGGUGUGCGAGCAGGGCCGGGGCUACACGGGCGUCGUGGCUGGCUGGGAGCAGGUUUGCGGCGAGGGCCCCGCCUGGCUGGCAGCCGCGGGCCACGACCGCGCAGGGGCCCCGGGGCCCUGGUACUUCCUGCUGGUGGAGGAGGUGGCGGGUCGGGGCCCCCGCUCCGGCCUGCCCCCUGUGGCCCUGGUGCCGGAGGGCGCCCUGGAGCCCGCGGGCGACCCCUCCCUUGUCCCCGGGGGCGCCCACCCCCUGCUCAGCCUGCUGUUCCUGGGGAAGGACGCAGAGGGCAACCACCUGCCCUGCCGCCAGCUGAGGCAGAGGUUUGGGGCGGAGAGGCGCGACGUGCACCCUCCAGGGUCGGACGACGAGGAAGGAGAUGCAGAUGGGGGCACGCGGUUGGAGGACGAGGAGGGCAUCCCGCAGGACCCUGGCAACCGGCCCAGUGGGAGGAAGACGCUGCCCGGCAUCGACAUGUCCUCCCUGGAUGACACCGGGGGUGACCUCUGA